AUGUUGCUGCAGCCGCUGCAGCAGCAGCAGCAGCAGCAGCAGCAGCAGCUGUUCAUGCUGCUGCAGCAGCAGCAGCAGCAGCAGCAGCUGUUCAUGCUGCUGCAGCAGCUGCAGCAGCAGCAGCAGCAGCAGCAGCUGCUGCUGUUGGUGCUGCUGCAGCAGUGGCCCGCUAUCUCUUGCCCUGUCUGCGUGAGAGCCUCCAGGCGUUGGGUUCUUCGAAUCUGUUGUAGAGGGGCUCAAUGCGUUCACGCAUUUUGCGCCGAGACAGACGCUGCUGGUCUGCCUGCAGCACAGCAGCAGCAGCAGCAGCAGCAGCAGCAGCAGCAGCAGCAGCAGUUGUAG